ACAAAAAUCACUCGUCCACAGGUAGAUUCUCCUGUGAAACUCGCUUGUUGUUGCUCGCUUGGAGUUGGAAGAUAAUUAUUUUUGGGAGCUAUUAUUCAUCGGGGAAGAAAGUGUUUUUCGCGCUAAUAGAAGACUUUCCUGGGAAUUCUGAGAAGAGUUCUGUCAGUCCGGAAGUGGCAGGCCUGCCUGGACGUAUGGCGUGGACCUUUCCUGCAGUCAUGGGUUGGUUGUCACAGGGCGUGUUUGGUUGAGAACUCGCUGUCAACAGCUCACAGAUCACAUACUUUUGGAUGAAAGCCAGAUUGGCAGUGUCCUGCUGAUGGACCAGGACACUCAAUGGCUGUACCAACUCCUGGCUGACGUGCAGCUGGAGAAGUUCUACCUGCGUGUCAGGGAUGGCCUGAAUAUCACGCGAGUCGAGCACUUCGCCUAUGUCAAAGAGGCUGACCUGGAGCAGAUUGGGAUUAGCAAACCUGCACAAAGACGAUUAUGGGAUGCUCUGAAACGCUACAAGUCCUCACGAAUACGGUCGUGGAUGCCAAAGGCUCCCAGCGGACGAGGUCCAGAUGGAGGGGAGCAGUGGAGCAGCUCUGGUCCUGCCCAGGUCCAGGAAGGCAGCAGCCGGGCCUUGCCCAGUUUAAUCCAGGAUAGUGAGCUGGUUCUGGGAGAGAAAUUGGGCUCCGGGUCCUUCGGUGUGGUGAAAAGGGGAGAGUGGCAUACACCUACUGGAAAAACCCUUCCUGUGGCAGUAAAGUCCCUACGUAGCAGCAUGAGCAAGCAGACGGAUAUGUUAACAGACUUCCUGUUAGAAGUGACCACCAUGCAGUCGCUAGACCACCCACACAUUAUUCGACUGUACGGUGUGGUGCUUACCCAGCCCCUCAAAAUGGUCACAGAACUAGCCCCCUUGGGUUCGCUAUACGACACACUACGCUUGCGUCAGUUCGAGUACCCGCUGCUGCGCAUGUGGCUCUUUGCCACACAAAUUGCGGCUGGUAUGGACUACCUAGAGACCCGCCGCUUCAUUCACAGGGACCUGGCAGCCAGGAAUGUUCUUUUGGCUUCCAAAGAGAUGGUCAAGAUCGGGGAUUUCGGCCUGAUGAGGGGACUGAGUCAAGAAGUGGACCACUACAUCAUGUCAGCGCAUAGACGGAUCCCGUUUGCAUGGUGUGCUCCGGAGAGUCUCCGUGUGGGCUCCUUUUCUCAUUGCUCGGACGUGUGGAUGUUUGGCGUCACCCUAUGGGAAAUGUUCACCUACUGUGACGAGCCGUGGUUCGGUCUGUCGGGAAAACAGAUCCUGUGGCGCGUGGAACGCGAGGGGGAGCGCUUGGAAAAACCGCCAGAUUGUCCCCUGGAGAUGUACGGCAUCAUGAGGAGAUGUUGGCAGUGCAACCCGUCCGACCGACCCACCUUUGCCCAGCUCAUCACAAUGGUGGCAGAGGCUAAACCAAUGGAAGUCCAAGCCACGAGAGACUUCGCAGAACCUCGGAAACUUGCGCUUCUGCCAAACGACCUUGUGACUGUUGUAGAACACGGUCUGGAGCUUAGCGAGUGGCGGGGCCAGAACCAGAGGACACUAACCGUCGGAUGGUUCCCCCCAAGCAUCAUAGUGCCGCCAACCCCUGUGGCAUCUGUGGCCAGCGCCUCCUCUAUUACAAGCACCUCCAGUCAUCCAGGCCCCGUAAAUUACAUCUCACCUCCAGUGAAGGGGAGUCUGCAGCACACUGGUCACGGGGACAUCCAUCCGGAUCGUAACUGGGGAACACCUGAGAAACUGGAAGACACUGGUGGCAGCUGGAGACAAGGCUCUACCAGAGAGAAGGAGGGAUCCAAUCUGCAGAAAAUGUCAGGAUUUUCACGAAGCCUGGAGUCGGUCUUAAACGGCCAUGAGUCACGUUCCCAGCCGAUAGGUUCGGCCAAAGCGGACCACCAGGGCCGACCGUUUGUGCCGACGGCCCGCAGCGUGGUGGUGCAGCAGGACACCCGCCGCUUCAGCGAAGCCAGCAUUCAACCGCCUCCCAGACCGCCGCCUCCCAAUUACAAGCGACUCAACUGGAAGAAUCAGAAACGACCUACGGUCCACCCGGGGUCGCACCAGGGUUCCUCUUGGCCUCCUCAGGUGGUGCUGGUUGCCUCCUCUUCUUCGGCCCCGCCGCUUCUACCUCAUUACCCACCACCACCCCCACCCCCGCCCAGCGCCGUAAACCCCAACCUGGCCAAAAUGUCCCAAAUGGCACGGUCCACCCCACAACUGGACGACCACGUGGACGGCAGAGAACGGGUUAGAGAGCGGGAGAAGCCAUCCUACGUCCAGUACACGCGAGACAACCUUGUCUCGCAGGUUAUGGAUUCCGUUCAUGGAGUGACCAUUGAGGAGGUUCGAAAUGCUCUACAACGUACUGAGUGGAACCCAAUGCGAGCUGAACAGCACCUCAAGUUGGAGCAGCUGUACUCACUGAGUCUUUGUUCCCGAGAGGACUGCCUAAGGAUCCUCUCCAGGUACCAGUGGAACCUUCAGUUGGCCAGCCGCUACCUGAUCCGGUGGUCGCGCGACGACCGAUCCGCUUCCGGAGAGAGGGAUCGAACGACUGUUAUCUCAGAGAGACGAGUGUAAGAACAAAAAGAAAGACAACAUAAAGAUGGAUGAUGGCAAUUUAUCGGACACAUUUAUAAAGACGGUACUUUUUUAUAUUGUUGCUGACUUACUAUAUUUUAUGUCAUACUGGUUGUAAAUAUUAGGUUCAAUAAAUUCAUCUGAUCGAC